GUUACAGAAAGCAAAUCUGCCAUAUCGUACGUUGUUUUCAUGAAAGUGUUUUUAUUGAAGAACGCAUUUGACAUAGAAAAAUUUUAAUUUUUAUGAUUUUUUUCGAAAAAUAUUUUCAAAACAGUAAACCUGAUGUAUUAGAAAAAUAAAACUUUCGAUUUGAGGUUAAUAUUUUGGUGAUAAACUGUAUUAUUUGAGAAAAAUGGCGAAGUGGUUCAUCAUGAGACGUUUAGAAAUUUGAAGAAGAAUUAAUUAAAGACAAAGUUCGAAUAUCUUGUGUGAAUUCCGAAUGACAAGUUAACUGUUUAUCUGCUGUCAAUGCAAUAAUUAUCAAAAAUGCGGAGGAAUAUGGUCGAAAUUUAAUUGAAUAUCUUAAAUAUAAUGUCCAGAGGUUAUGGUAAAUAUCGUCGGGGGGCUCACUCCCAUGCUAGUUUUCACUUUGAUAAUAUAUUCAAAGAAAACAGUAAUAAGCCCUCUGCUGCAAGAUCUGCUGCUACUGUUGGUAAAUGGGGAAUAACAUCAUUCACUUCAAUUCGAACUGCUAAUGGAUUUGGACAAAGGGAGCCAGAUAAAUCACCCACUGUUGAAAGUGCCCCAAAACCCAAAAAGUUUUUCAAAAGCAGGAAUGCAGAUCAACCAGAAUCUAAGCAAUCUGUUAUAAAUGACAACAGGCAUUCAGAUCCAGAUUAUGAACAUCCCCCAAUUAAAAAAUUAAAAUCUGUAAACGAUAGCAUUGAAAAACCAGUUAAAACCUCAGUGAGAAAAUUUUUCUCUUCUAAACACAAUAGUGAUAAGACUGUUUUAAGUUCUAAUGUAAAUAAUUCUAAAGCUAACAAUGACAGUAAACCACCAAUUGUUUUGAGGAUAUUUAGAGGUAAAUCUCAACUUCUUAGCGAUACUGAAGAAUCAGAAAGUACACCUAUGCCUAGUUCUACUUCAAAUGCUACCUCACCAAGAGCCUUAAGAGACUUACCCCAACCCCAGGUCCAAAGAUCUCCCAACUGUCGGAUAACUAGGUCUGCAAGAAGGAGUAUGCAACAAGACAGUCCUACAGCUGUAGAUACAGCUGGUGAAUUUUCCCUUUUCAUGUCUCCAAAAAAUGAUUUGGAAUUGUCCCCUCAGUAUAUUCCUGCAGAAAAGUAUGAAGCUGAAAGAAAAGCCCUUUAUGAUAAUUUAUUAAAUUCCAGUAUACCAGUUAUUAAAGAAAGUGAAAGUCAAGGAGAUGAAUUCACUAGAAAACAACAUUCAGAAGAUAAAAAUGAAGAUAUUGUUGAAAAUGCUUCUAUGGAAACUGAAGAUUCAGUAGUAGAAGAAGCUGAAAUAUUGGAGCAAAUGCAAGACAAAAAUGAUAGUCCAGAAAUGGAUAUUCUGGAACCUGAAAAUAAUAAUUACACAUCAUUAGAAGAAAUUAACGUUCCUGUUGAGAUUCCAGCUCAAGAAGAAACUAAGCCUAACCAUGCUUCAGCCAUAUCUAAAGACUGGCUUAGUGAUUCUGAUAGUAAUAGCAAUAGCACUAUGCCAGAUUCAGAAAAGCCUCUAGAAAAAGGUGAUGUAAUUGAAAAAACUGUAUAUAAAGCUACCCCUGUGCCUCCCGAAAAUUCUAAUAAUAGCAAUGAAUCUUCUGAGCCUCCAGUUAAAUUGGUUAUAUCUAAGAAAAAGGGUAGUAUUUUCAAGAGCAGAGCUCUUGUAUCUGAUGGUACAAAAAAAAGAAGGGCCUUGUAUAAGCAUAAAUGGAGUGAUGAUAAAGAUGGAACACCAAAAACCCAGGAAAGUACUGCGAACAAUGUGAUACUCGAUGAAUUUUCAUUUGAUGAUCUGACAGUUAAGGAGAAAACUGAUGAAAGUAAAUCCCCGGAUACUGAAGAUGUGAAAAGUGAUAAAGUAUAUACCAGAGUGAAGAAUGUGAAAAAAGCCCAUCAAAUACAAGAAAUCGGAGAGUUUCAAGAGUUCAAUGAUGAUGUUGAAUAUAUAUUGGAUACUUUACAAGAUAAUAACCCCAUAAGUACAAGAUGUCUUUCUGCUAUAUCGCUGGCAUCAAAAUGUAUGGCGCCUGCUUUUAGAAUGCAUGUGCGAGCUCAUGGCACAGUUACCAAAUUUUUCAAAGCACUUCAUGAUGCAACCAAAGAUCAGAGCUUGGGUCUGUGUACUGCAACAGUAAUGUUUGUUUUGAGUCAAGAUCGGCUGAAUAUGGAUCUUGAUCGAGAUUGCCUUGAACUCAUGCUUAAUCUUCUCGAUUCAGAUGUUAGUUAUCAGCAAGCUCUAGAUGUGAGUGGAUUAAGUUCAAGUCAACUAGAAAAGAAUAAACAACGAGUAAGAGAACUAUGUGCAGAAAUCCAGAGCCAGGGACAUGCUAUGCAUUUGAAUUUAGACAUGAUAACAGUUGGCCAAUUAGCUAUGGAAACUCUACUUAGUUUAACUUCCAAACGGGCUGGUGAAUGGUUUAAAGAAGAACUCAGGGAACUAGGGGGAUUAGAACACAUAAUGAAAACAAUAUGUGAAUGUUGUCGUCAAGUUUCAGAUUAUGUAGUGUCAUGGACAGAUGUUCUUUUGGACAAAUUAAGAAAAAUAGAUAGAUGUUUGAGGGUUUUGGAAAAUGUAACUCAUAAUAAUGAAGAAAAUCAAAUGUAUCUGUUGAAAUACAGUGAUGGGGUAAUGCUGGAUACUUUAGUAAAUUUAUAUAAACUUUGUGAUAGAGAAAUUCCUUUAUAUCCAGUAACAGAUAUAAGUGACAAAGAAUCAACUGGCACUAUUAUCAGAGAAGCACUGCUUGUAACUUUGAAGUUGUUCAUCAAUUUGACCCAUCAUUUCAAUCCUAGGUCCAUAGGAGGAUGCUUGAUUGGAGCUCGGAAUGGAAUUAUAGAUACAAGUUUGCAUUUACUUCUUCAGGUGCCCCUUUACAUACCUGAGCAAAAAAAGUUUGAAUUAGGUGUUUUGGUACUUAUGUUUUUGAUCAACUUGAUACAGGAUAAUGAAGCUAAUCAAAAGUUACUCCUUGAAGCAAAAGCACCUCCUCAGUCUGAAAGUAUUUACUCCCGGGAAGAAAGUGCAGUUGAAGCUUUGAUAAAACAAUUUUAUCACUGGGAAGGGUGUGCAAAAAUAGCAGAAAAGAGAACAAAUGCUAUUCUCGACGGAGAGAAAGACACAGAGAAUGAAAAGACACAGUACAAGAGUAAUGAAGAAUUUAUUGAAGAGACAGUGGCAAAAUUGCUUCAAAAAGCUGGUACUCAUAUGGAGUUUACAUUCCUAGCAUCUUAUAUUGUUAUGUUGAUUGGUUUCUUGAUCAUGCAAAAUGAAGUGUACCAGAAUAAUGUGCGACACUUUUUGAAGGGCAAUAAUUUUGAAGAUAUGGUGGACAUCCUGAAAAAAUUCUUCAAUUUUAUGAAAAUGACUGCAUCAACUGAAGCUUCAAGCGUUUGUGCUAUAAAAACCACAGAAAAAAUAAUAAAAUUUUUGGAAGAAUGUGAUAAGGAAACCUGAGUUAUGCUAAUGGAGGAAAAGAGAUGAUGGGUUUUGAAAAAAAUACACAUAAAUCUUUCCUCUUGGGAUAUUCAAUUUUGUAUAUAUAUAAAAAAUGUUUUACUUACAUCACAUAUCCUGAUCUUAAAAGAUUUGAUGAAACUUAAAUUUUAUUUUUUGUAUCUUCUAUCUUGUAUUUCAUUUGACAGAUAGUAGGUUUAAAUAGCCCAGUUUUCAUCAAAAAAAUUAGCACUGAUUUUAAUUUUAUUAAUGAAUCUGAUAUUUCAGUGAAAGUACUUUGUUUUAUCAUAUUACCUAUUCCACAUACAAUAUGGAUGAUUGUUUACAUAAAUCAGGUAUAAAUUUCUUUCUGAAUUUGAAAGUAUGUUCAAUAAUUUUAGAUUAAAAAAAAUUAAUGAAAUCAAGUAUUUUUCGUUAUGGACCUUGUAUUAAUAUCCUCAUUAGUUAAGUAAUAUAUGAAUAAAGUGACUGAAGAUGUAGAUUCCCUGAAAUAUUUCAGUAAUUCUGUAAAUAAGAGUACAUAGAGAGUAUAACAUUAUUAUAUUGUAUUUUACUGGUAAUGAACAUAAGUUUGAAACAAUCAGUCUUGAAAUAUUUUAUAUUCACUAUCAGAGGAAAUUAUAUAUUUAUGAUGAAUUUUGUCCUGAAGGUUGUUUGUAUUAUAUUUUCAUAUAUUAACUUGAUUUGAAUAUAUUGUUAGACACUGAUUUUGUACUGUAAGUUUGUACAUAUUGAUAAUUUUUUUUCGCUUUAUUUAUUUGAUAUUUUUUAAGAUUGUAUGUUUUGGAUUGUUCAAAUGUAAAUACAAUUCACUUUUUAA